AUAGAGUGUGUGUGUGUGUGUGUGUUUAUAUAUAUGUAUUGGUGCUUUUGGGGGAAGUUAGAGGAAUAUAUAUGAAGGAGGAGAUAGAUAUAACUUGGGUAAGAAGAAGAGAUACCAUUGUGAAAGAGGAAUAUCUUGUGUUUCUGGAAAAAAUUUAACUUGGUCUCUAUCUCUUCCUCAGCCCUUAAGUUUAAUUAGACUAAAUAUAUAGGUAAUUUUGUUUAUACAGCUUGUAUAUGUGUAUAUAUAUAUGGCCAGCUUGCUUAUUAGAGCCUUCAUAUCUGCGUUUGCACACUUGUGUUUCUUUCGCUAUCCGAAAAAUCAUUUACAACCAUACGCCAAAGAAAUCCCAGUGAGAACCAACAUCAACUACCACCGCAACAUGCCUAGGGGUCGACCACUUUCUUUGCAGACCGUGGAGCUCAAAGUCCGGAUGUGCUGCAGUGGGUGCGAGAGAGUCGUCAAAAACGCCAUUUUCAAGCUUAAAGGUAUAGAUUCGGUGGAGGUAGAGUUAGAGAUGGAGAAGGUGACGGUGGUUGGCUACGUUGACCGAAACAAAGUACUGAAAGCUGUGAGGAGAGCCGGGAAGAGGGCGGAGUUCUGGCCGUACCCAGAUCCUCCUCUGUACUUCACGUCGGCUAACCAUUAUUUUAAAGACACAAGUAAUGAGUUCAAAGAGAGCUAUAACUAUUACAGACAUGGCUAUAAUCUUGGGGACCGCCAUGGAAAUCUGCAUGUUAGUCAUCGUGGAGACGAUAAGGUCAGCAACCUAUUCAACGAUGACAACGUUAAUGCAUGUUGUGUCAUGUAAAUCAUUAUUACACCUAAUAUAUAUUUAUAUAUAUGUAUAUGUAAUGUUUCAUUUGUAAUUAUCAGUAUGUAAUAUAUGGGUGAUUAGUGUUAUUGUGAAGUUUAUGUGUAAAA